CUUAGGGUGGGGCCAAGCGACAGACAGGAUUUUCUGGGGCCACCAAGUGAAGGCAUUCCUGGACACAGCCUGAGCUGGGAACAUGGGCUCCUGGAUGCCAGCUGGCAGCUGCCCUGCCCUCUCACUGGGUUUGCCAGCAUAGUGUAUGGGGAAACAGGACUGGGAUCCCAGCAGGCUCUGAGACUGAGGUUCCCUAGGAGAUCCCUGUGUGCCCAGCUCAGUGCUCCCCGACCUCGUAGGCAACAGAACCAGAGUGACAACCUGCUAUGGACUUCCUGCUCCAGCUCCUCCUCCUGGCCUUACCCAUCCCAGCAGACCUGACCUCGUGGGGCGUCUCCAGUCCUGAGACUGUGAAGGGUAUGAAGGGGUCCUGCCUCGUCAUCCCCUGCACCUUCAGCUUCCCUGCCAGUGUGAAAGUGCCUGAUGGCAUCACAGCCAUCUGGUACUAUGACUACUCAGGCAGACGGCAGGUAGUGAGUCACUCUACAAACCCCCAGCUGGUGGAGGCCCGCUUCCAAGGCCGUGCCCAGCUGGUGGGGAAUCCUGAGCUCAAGGUGUGCAACCUGCUGCUGAAGGACCUGCAGCCUGAGGACUCAGGCUCCUACAACUUCCGCUUCGAGAUCAGCGAGGUCAACCGCUGGGUAGAUGUCAGAGGCACAGCAGUCACUGUAACGGAGGAGCUCAUCAUGCCCACCGUUGCCUCUCCGGCUGAGCUACAUGAGGGCAUGGAGGUGGACUUCAACUGUUCCACUCCCUACGCGUGCUUGCAGGAGCCGGUCACCCUGCGGUGGCAAGGCCAGGACCCUGCCCGCUCCAUCACCUCCACACUCCAGAAGCUUGAGCCCACGGGCAUCCACCACCAGGAGACGCUUCACAUGGCCCUGUCCUGGCAGGACCAUGGCCGGACCCUGAGCUGCCAGCUCUCGGCGGCCAACCAUAGGACUCAGCGCGAGAUUCACCUCCAAGUGCAGUAUGCCCCCAAGGGUGUGGAAAUCCUCCUCAGCCCCUCGGGGCGGAACAUCCUUCCAGGGGAUCUGGUCACACUCAUCUGCCAGGUGAACAGCAGUCACCCUCAGGUCAGUUCUGUGCAGUGGGUCAAGGAUGGGACGCACCUCAAAACCCGGAGUCGUGUACUACAGUUGCCCCAGGCAGCCUGGGCUGAUGCUGGCGUCUACACCUGUGAAGCUGGGAAUGGUGUGGGCUCUUCGGUCUCACCUCCUGUCAGCCUUCACAUCUUCAUGGCUGUGGUCCAGGUGAGCCCAGCAGGCUCGAUUCUGGAGAACCAGACUGUGACGCUGGCCUGCAACACACCGAAAGAAGCGCCCAGGGAGCUGCGCUACACAUGGUACAAAAACCACGGCCUGAUGAAGGACACCCACAGUCGCACCCUCCAGCUGCACUCAGUGACCAGGGCCGAUACAGGCUUCUACUUCUGUGAGGUGCAGAAUGCCCAGGGCAGAGAGCGCUCUGACCCAGUCAGCGUGGUGGUCCACCACCCGCCCCUCACCCCACACCUGACUGCCUUCCUGGAGACGCAGGAGGGACUGGUGGGCAUCCUCCAGUGCUCAGUGGUCAGCGAGCCCCUGGCUUCUCUGGUGUUGUCACGUGAGGGCCUCAUCCUCGCCUCAACUUCCGGAGAGGGUGACCAGAGCCCACGCUUCAGUGUCUACUCUGCCCCAAACUCCCUGCGCCUGGAGAUUCGAGACCUGGGGCCAACUGACAGUGGGGAGUACACAUGCUCAGCCACCAAUUCCCUUGGGAAUUCAUCCUCCACCCUGGACUUCCAUGCCAAUGUGGCCCGCCUCCUCAUCAGCCCAGCAGCAGAAGUGGCGGAAGGGCAGGCGGUAACACUUAGCUGUAGGAGCAGCCUGAGCCCAAUGCCUGACACCCGCUUCUCCUGGUACCGAAAUGGGGCCCUGCUCCUCGAGGGGCCCAGCAGCAGCCUCCUGCUCCCUGUGGUCUCCAGCACUGACGCCGGCUCAUACCACUGUCGGGCCCAGGAUGGCCAUGGCACCAGCGGGCUCUCCUCACCUGCUGUCCUCACCGUCCUCUAUGCCCCACGCCGGCCCACGUUCACUGCCCAGCUGGACCCUGACACUGCCGGAGCCGGUCAGCGAGGCCUCCUGUUGUGCCGUGUGGACAGCGACCCCCCGGCCCAGCUGCGGCUGCUCCAUAGGGGUCGCGUGGUGGCCUCUGCCCUCCCAUCAGGGGGCAGCUGUAGCGCCUGCGAGAGCUGUUCCUCACGCACAAAGGUUACCAGAGCCCCCAACCUGCUGCGGGUAGAGAUCCAAGACCCGGUGCUGGAGGACGAGGGCGUGUACCUCUGCGAGGCCAGCAAUGUCCUGGGCAACGCCUCUGCCUCAGCGAACUUCAAUGCCCAGGCCACCGUCCUGGUCAUCACACCGUCGCACACGCUGCAGGAGGGCACUGGAGCCAACCUGACUUGCAGGGUGAACCGGGAAGCUGGCGGCCCUGCCAACUUCACCUGGUUCCGAGAUGGGGCCCUGUGGGCCCAGGGCCCCCUGGAGAACCUGACGCUGCUGCCUGUGGCCAGAACAGAUGCCGCCCUGUAUGCCUGCUGCAUCCUCACUGAGGCCGGUGCCCAGCUCUCCACCCCUGUGGUCCUGCGAGUGCUCUACCCUCCAGACCCUCCAAAGCUGUCUGCUCUCCUGGAUGUGGACCAGGGCCACACGGCUGUGUUUGUCUGCACUGUGGACAGUCGCCCUCCCGCCCAGCUGGCUCUGUUCCACGGCGAGCACCUCUUGGCCACCAGCCCGGGGCCCCAGCUUCCAUCCCGUGGCCGCCUCCAGGCCAAAACCACAGCCAACUUCCUGCAGCUAGAGGUCCAAGACUUGAGCCUUAAGGACUCUGGCAGUUACCGCUGUGAGGCCAACAAUGCCCUGGGAUCAACUAACACUUCCCUUUUCUUCCAGGUCCGAGGAGCCUGGGUCCGGGUGUCACCAUCGCCUGAGCUCCAGGAGGGCCAGGCUGUGGUCCUGAGCUGCCAAGUACCCACAGGGGUCCUGGAGGGGACCUCAUACCGUUGGUACCGAGAUGGCCAGCCCCUCCAGGAGUUCACCUCAGCCACAAUCCAUUUUGCAGCCAUAACUUUGAGCCAAGCUGGGGCCUACCAUUGCCAAGCCCAGGCUCCUGGCUCAGCCACCACGAACCUGGCAGCCCCGGUCAGCCUCCAUGUGUCUUACGCCCCUCGCCAGGCCACACUCACUACCCUCAUGGACACAGGCCCUGGGCGACUGGGCCUCCUCCUGUGCCGUGUGAACAGUGACCCUCCAGCCCAGCUACGACUGCUGCACGGGGACCGCCUCGUGGCCUCUACCCUGCAAGGAGUGGGGGAGCUUGCAGGCAGCUCUCCCCGGCUACAGGUGGCUGUGGCCCCCAACACGCUGCGCCUGGAGAUUCACAAUGCAGUGCUGGAGGAUGAAGGCAUCUAUACCUGUGAGGCCACCAAUGCCCUGGGCCAGGCCUUGGCCUCAGCCACCUUUGAUGCCCAAGCUGUGAGUGUGCAGGUGUGGCCCAAAGCCACCGUGCAGGAGGGACAGCUGGUGAACCUGACCUGCCUUGUAUGGACCACUCACAUGACCCAGCUCACCUACACAUGGUACCAAGAUGGGCAGCAGCGUCCAGAUGCUGCCCACUCCAUCGCCCUCCCCAAUGUCACGGUCGUGGACGCCACCUCCUACAGCUGUGGCGUGUUGAUCCCUGGCCAGACACUCCAUCUCUCUAGGCCUGUCACCCUGGAUGUCCUCUAUGCCCCCCGCAGCCUGCGCCUGACCUAUCUCCUGGAGAGCCGUGGCGGGCAGCUUGCCCUGGUGCUGUGCACCGUGGACAGCCGUCCACCUGCUCAGCUGGUCCUCAGCCAUGCUGGCCGUCUCCUGGCCUCCUCGACCACAGCCUCUGUCCCCAACACCCUGCAGCUGGAGCUGUGGGAGCCCGGGCCCAGCGAUGAGGGUCUUUACAGCUGCUCAGCCCGCAGUCCUCUGGGUCAGGUCAACACAUCCUUAGAGCUGCGGCUAGAGGGCGUGCAGGUGACUCUGGCUCCGUCAGCCGCUGUGCCCGAGGGAGCCCCUAUCACAGUGAGCUGUGAAGACCCUGCUGCCCGCCCACCCACCGUCUAUGCCUGGUACCACAAUAGCCGUUGGCUGCAGGAGGGGCCAGAGGCCUCUCUCUCCUUCCCAGUGGUUACACGGGCUCACGCAGGAGCCUAUACCUGUCAGGUCCGGGAUGCCCAGGGUACACGCAGCUCCCGGCCCACAGCGCUGCAUGUCCUCUAUGCCCCCCGGGACGCCGCUGUGUCCUCCUUUUGGGACUCAAGGACCAGCCCCAUGGCUGUGGUACAGUGCACCGUGGACAGUGAGCCACCUGCUGAGCUGGCCCUGGCCCGCAAUGGCAAAGUUCUGGCCACCAGCAACGGCAUCCCUGGCUUGGCAGUGGAGACGGGCCAUGUCCAGGUGGCCCGCAAUGCCCUGCGGCUGCGAGUGCAAGCCGUGCCCUCAGGGGAUGAGGACACCUACGUCUGCACAGCUCGCAACUUGCUGGGCUCAGUCAGCACCACCUUGGGGCAGCUGCAGGCAGAAGGUGUGCAUGUGCUGGCCGAGCCAGGGCUAGAUGUGCCCGAGGGAGCAGCACUGAACUUGAGUUGUCAGCUCCCUGGUGGCCCUGGGCUCAUGGGCAACUCCACCUUCACUUGGUUCUGGAAUGGCCGGCAACUACACACGGAGCCUGUACCCACCCUCGCCUUCACCCACGUGGCCCGCGACCACGCUGGGAUGUACCACUGCCAGGCUGAGCUCCCCACUGGGGCCACCGCCUCUGCUCCAGUCACCCUCCACGUGCUCUAUCCCCCCAAGACACCCACGAUGACGGUUUUUGUGGAGCCUGAGGGUGGCAUCCAAGGCAUUCUGGACUGCCGAGUAGACAGCGAGCCCCUGGCCAGCCUGACCCUCCACCUUGGCAGUCGGCUGGUGGCCUCUAGCCAGUCCAAGAUUGCUCCUGCCAAGCCACACAUCCAUGUCUCAGUCACCCCCAAUGCCUUGAGGGUGGUCAUAGAGGAGCUGAGGCCCAGUGACCAGGGGGAAUAUGUGUGCUCCGCCUCUAAUUCCCUGGGCUCUGCCUCUGCUGCCACCUACUUUGGAACCAGAGCCCUGCACCGCCUGCAGCUGUUCCAGCAGCUCCUCUGGGUCCUGGGACUGCUGGCUGGCCUUCUCUGCCUACUGCUGGGCCUGGGGGCCUACUACACCUGGAGAAGGAGGCAUUUCCAGAAGCUGAGAGAGGGUGAAAAUUCAGUGGAGAUGGCUUCUCACAAGGAAACCAUGCAGGAGGAGGAAGUCACCAGAAUCUGUGAUGACUCGAGCCCUGUGAACAAUGCAGCAUUGGGUCCUGACUCCCUCUGAAAACAUCUCUGUGGCAUCUGACUUUCUAUGAUCUGGCUCCAACCCCCAAGAAAAAUGGGUGGUGAGAGGUGGUGGUGAACCUCAAUCUACCCAAAAGGGUGUUGACCCUGGGCAACUCUGAAGAGAAAUGAAUUGAUCACGUUGUCUAUUUCUCUUUCUCUCUUCUCUGGAUCUCAUCUCUCUAUUUAUCUUCCAAUGCAUUACCUCUUCACAUCUUCUUCCUUCAAGCGCACCGUGGACUUCUGGGAUGGAUUAGAAUAGAAGAAGAGCUUUCUAUAUCGUUACAAGCUGGUCAAGGCACCCUAUAGUGACUAGAAUAUAAGCUAGGCUGCUCUAAAAAGACCAAAUACAGUAACUUCAACAUGAAAGAAUUUGAUUUUUCUCUCUCAUACUAGUCUGCAUAUGUUAUGGUGGUUUAAGAUGUUGGAGCUCUGGAUCCUUCUCUUUUGCUUUUCUCCAUCCCUAAAAUGUUGCUUUUGAUUGUGAAGUUCACAAUGAUCCCAUUGGGCUCAUACUCCUUCCAGCAAGAAGAGGGAAGAGUGGAAGUGAAAUGAAAGGCACACUCAUUCCCAUUGUGGAUACAACCCAGAAGUUCUGGCUGGAAUUUGGUCAUAUAGCUACUCCAAGCUGCAAGGGAUUUUGGGAAAUGUAGUUUUUAUUAUAUUUCCAAAGGACUCCCAACUAUGGACUCACCCCUGAGACUUUGAGAACACUGACGAGAAUGCUGCCAGCAGGCCAUAUUCUGUCUCAGUGCCCAUCUACUGAAGGCCAGGGCAUGCCUCUGUCCUUUCUGGUCAUGAGUCCUGGAGGAGGUAGUGCCUGUCACAUAUUAAGACUGAGAAAGUCAAGAAGGAUUCAUGGUCCCUAGGGAGAGGGAAUGCCAGGCAGUCGAGUUGCCUGAACAGGCAUCUUGUGCCAGGUCUAGCCCUUGAAAGAAGAGGUGCCCCCAUUACACUCCCCACCCCCAGAGAGUGUGGGGAGCAGACAUCGUGUCAGCAUCCUUGUUUCUGCUCCAAGUGUAUUCCUGUCCACGAUCAAGCGAGCUCACAUCCUCUUCCUGGAAGUGUGUGCACCAGGGGCUACUAAGACAAACAACGGCCACAAAGAAAGAAUAACGUGCCCCUAGGGAAGUCAGUGCCUGAGGGGAACCAGUUCUCAGGUGGGCUAGUGACUCCUUUGGCAUCCUGGUGGCAGAUGGUGGGAGGAGCACAAAGCUCACCACUCUGGGAUUUGAGUUGAGAAAUGUGGAGAGAAGUGGGAAGUUGGCAAAGGAGCUAACAGGUUGGGAAGAGAUUCGAGGCCAGGUGAGCUUAUGCAGCGUAGAUGGACCCUUCUGGUUCCAGGCCCCAUUCUUAUCAGUGCCCGAUUGCCAGGCUCUUCCUGGGGUCUAUCAAACAUGUCCUCCCAAUAAACAUCCAUCCUGUGA